AUGUCUCGUAGUCACGGAAAAGAUAUUCCCAGCAUCCCCGUAUUCUCCUCCCCCUUGGCUUCAAAUUCAGAUGUACCAGUGGUGUCCGUGGUGGAACCUAUCUACAACGCCGCCUGUUACGAUCCUGAAGAUCUGCUUAUAGAGUUCGAAAGAGCUUAUCUACUGGGUCGAUCACAGCAAAAGACAUUUACUCGUGCACUUGAAUACGCCAUUUCCUGUCAUCGUGUCUGCGCCAUUGAGAAUCUUUUUAAGAUUGAUGUGGGCAGGGUACGGCAACUCACCCAAAAGGAGGUCAAUGUAAACGCCAUUGCUCCGAAUGUCAUCAGCCGUGCCAUUCAGGGUGAAAGAACCGAUGUAGAUAUCCUAAGACUAUUCUUAAAUCUUGGCCUGGAUGUCAAGAAAGUCUUCGGGGGAGAAGGUGAUGCAUUGAUGUGGGCAGUAAGGAUCGGAAGGUGGGAGCUCAUCGAGAGAAUCCUUGAACAGAGAGGAUCAUUCGACGUGGAUGAAGUAAAGUAUCACAAAUACGACAACGCGUACACCCUCCUCUCCGUCGCCUCAGACCGAAUUCGUGUGGCCGAUGAACUGCACUACUACGAAGGCCACGACACGCAAGAAAUUCCCAUCUGGAUUGACCAGAAGCGCCUGAUCCUCGAAUUCCUCGGCCGUGGAGCCUCCAUCAAGGGAACUUGUCUCCUCCCCAACCUGGCAGCCGACCAGCAACGAAAGGAGCAAACUGUAAGUUUCGCCAGAAUGCUAAUCGAAGAGUAUGGCGCGGACGUCAAUGAGAGAUACGAUUGGAACGCACUCAUGCAUAGGCGGUCACGUAGAGAGAGGAUCAGCACGCCGCUAUACGAGGCGGUCAGGAAUAAUUUCCCCCGAAUGGUUGAGUUGCUGCUCGAGAAGGGAGCCGACGCUACCGUGAAGGGUCAUGCAGGUAUGACGUUGGUGGAGUGUGCAUGGAACAACAAGCACGGUGGUAUGGUACAGCUGCUGAGGGAAAGGGGCGUACCUGAGGGUCCGGAAACCAAGGGAAAAGAUGUCUCGACGUUGUAUUCGUCCUCGACGCCAGAAAGAGCGACAACUCCAGCUAGGAGAGCGAUUGUGCGGUCGGAUUCGAGCAGUGAUGAGUUGAGCUGGGACGAGAGACGUUGGCUCAUGUAUGAAGCGAUUCAGCCUUGA